ACGAGGCGUGGAGAGCAGGCUGGGGCAUUUCUCCCCGAGAUGGCGGGUCUGUCGGCGGCUGUCCCGCAGCCCGGAGUCCUGCUGCUCCUGCUGGCCAUCCUCCACCCCUCGCAGCCCGGAGGGGUCCCAGGGGCAGUUCCUGGUGGAGUUCCCGGAGGAGUCUUUUAUCCAGGGGCUGGUCUUGGAGCCCUGGGAGGAGGAGCACUGGGGCCUGGAGGCAAACCACUCAAGACAGGUGCUGGAGCCCUUGGGGCAUUUGGAGCAGGUCCUGGAGGGCUCGCAGGCGUUGUCCCUGGGGCAGGGCUUGGUGCCUUCCCUGCAGGAGCCUUCCCAGGUGCUGUGGUGCCUGGCGGAGUUGCCGGUGCUGCUGCAGCCUACAAAGCUGCCAAGGCCGGUGUUGGUGGCGUUGGUGUUGGUGGUGUCCGUGCAGUUGACGGCUUAGGAGUGCCUCCAGUAGGUGCGGUGGUGCCUGGUGCAGGAGUUGGAGUCGGAGCUGGAGCAAAACCUGGAAAAGUGCCCGGUGUGGGGCUCCCAGGUGUAUAUCCAGGUGGAGUGCUCCCAGGCACAGGAGCUCGGUUCCCUGGUGUGGGGGUGCUCCCUGGGGUUCCCACUGGAGCAGGAGUCAAGCCCAAGGUCCCAGGUGGAGGUGGAGCUUUUGCCGGAAUCCCAGGGGUUGGACCCUUUGGGGGCCAGCAGCCAGGAGUCCCACUGGGGUACCCCAUCAAGGCACCCAAGCUGCCAGGCUUUGGGCCCGGAGGAGUGGCUGGUGCUGCGGGCAAGGCCGGCUACCCAACAGGGACAGGGGUUGGUCCCCAGGCUGCUGCAGCAGCAGCAGCAGCUAAAGCAGCGAAGUACGGUGCUGGAGGAGUCCUCCCUGGUGUUGGAGGGGCUGGCAUUCCUGGUGCAAUUCCUGGUGCAGUUCCUGGUGCAAUUCCUGGGAUUGGAGGCAUUGCAGGGGCCGCAACUCCAGCUGCGGCUGCUGCUGCUGCUGCUGCUGCUGCGAAGGCAGCCAAGUAUGGAGCUCCUGGAGCCUUGGUCCCGGGAGUAGCUGGGGUCCCAGGAGUCGGGGUCCCAGGAGUCGGGGUCCCAGGAGUCGGAGUCCCAGGAGUCAGAGUCCCAGGAGUCGGAGUCCCAGGUGUGGGAGUCCCAGGUGUGGGAGUCCCAGGUGUGGGAGUCCCAGGUGUUGGAGUCCCAGGUGUCGGAGUCCCAGGUGUCGGAGUCCCAGGUGUCGGAGUCCCAGGUGUUGGAGUCCCAGGCAUCGGAGUCCCAGGGGCUAUAUCACCAGCUGCAGCUGCUAAAGCAGCCAAAUAUGGGGCCGGAGUUGGAGUCGGAGUUGGAGGCAUUCCCACUUUUGGGGCUGGUGUGGGGGGCCUUCCUGGCUUUGGUGUCGGAGCUGUCCCCGGAGCUGCUGCAGCCCAGGCAGCAGCUGCCGCCAAAGCUGCCAAGUAUGGUCCUGGAGGAGUCGGAGCCCUAGGAGGGCUGGUGCCAGGAGGCGUAGUGCCAGGCGUGCCAGGCAUUGGAGGGGUACCAGGAGUAGGGGCCCCAGCAGCUGCAGCCGCCAAAGCAGCCGCCAAAGCUGCCCAGUUUGGGUUGGGCCCCGGUGUUGGCGUGGCACCUGGAGUGGUUCCCGGUGUUGGUGUGGCACCUGGAGUGGUUCCCGGUGUUGGCGUGGCACCUGGAGUGGUUCCCGGUGUUGGCGUGGCACCAGGAGUGGUUCCCGGGGUUGGUGUGGCACCUGGUGUGGUUCCUGGGGUCGGCGUGACACCUGGAGUGGUUCCUGGGGUCGGCGUGGCACCAGGCAUCGGCAUCGGUCCUGGUGGUGUUGCAGGGAUAGGGGUCCCAGCUGCAGCCAAAACUGCUGCUAAGGCGGCCGCCAAAGCCCAGUUCCGGGCUGCAGCUGGGCUUGGUGCUGGCGUUCCCGGAUUUGGAGUCGGACUCGGCGUUCCCGGACUUGGAGUUGGCACUGGUGUUCCUGGUUUAGGGGUUGGUGCAGUACCAGGAUCCCUGGCCGCAGCUAAAGCAGCCAAAUAUGGAGCAGGAGGGCUUGGGGCCCUUGGAGGGGUCGGGCCUCUCGGUGGAGUAGGUAUCCCCGGCGGUGUGGCAGGAGUUGGACCUGCUGCCGCAGCUGCUGCUGCCAAAGCGGCUGCCAAAGCUGCCCAGUAUGGCCUGGGGGGAGUCGCUGGGCUCGGAGCUGGAGGAUUGGGAGUUGGAGGGCUUGGGAUUGGUGCUGCUGUCCCAGGUCUUGGGGCCCUUGGAGGUGUGUCCCCAGCUGCAGCUGCUAAAGCGGCCAAAUAUGGAGUGGCAGCAAGACCUGGCUUCGGAUUGUCUCCCAUUUUCCCAGGUGGCGCCGGAGGCCUGGGAAUUGGAGGUGGGGCCUGCCUGGGGAAAGCCUGUGGCCGGAAGAGAAAGUGAGCUUCCCGGGACCCCUGACUUGCGACCUCAUCAACGUUGGUGCUACUGCUUGGUGGAGAAUGUAAACCCUUUGUGACCCCACCCCAUGCCCCUCCUAAUCCCUACCCCGGGAAGGGACAGGCAGGCCAGGCGGCCUCGGAAAUCCACAGGGCAAGGAAACAAGAGAAUGGUGUCCAAGUGCCCCGACCAGGAGGCCCCCUACUUCAGAGGCAAGGGGCGGGUGGGCUCAGCCCCCUGCCCCCAUCCCCUUCCUACCCAGGAGCUCCCCCCUCCACGCAGUCUCCAUCUCCAGGGGAACUUGGUGCUACAUGCUGGUGCUCUCAUCUUCCUGGGGGGAGGGAGGAGGGAAGGGCAGCCCUCAGGGAACCCCCUCCCUGGGGCUCCUCUAAA